AUGGAUCUUCUGACUCUCUCUCUCUCUCUCUUUCUCUCUCUUUUCUCCCCGCUUCCCCUUCAUCCUUCCCCUCCCAUCACGGACGGAUGGACGGACGGACGGACGGACGGCUGUGAUGGCCCACGACGGCCUGCCUUCUGUUUCUCCACAGAUGAACCAAACUCUGCCGCCACAGGGCUGAAGCGAAUCGAGCGACUCGGUCGUUUCCUGCGAAGAACCCCAACCGGCCCGUGGAGACGCAUGGCGUGGGACGUCUUCAUCGGCCCGUCAGCCAUGCCUGUUGCUGCUGCUGCUGCUGCUGCUACUGCUGCUGUUGUCGUUGUUGUUAACCCCGAGAGCCGGACUCCGGAGAUGCUGUUGUCGGUGUUGCCGAGUUUUCAAACAACCGGCAUGCGUAGUCCACCCUUGUGCGGGCCACCGAGUGACGUCGUUUCGAGGACUGAGCCCAAGGACAACAGAGUCGAUUCUACAGAGUAUAGACGAUGGCGUGGCCUCUAG